AACCACCUUUUAACAACAGUAACAGUGAAUAUCUGCACCCUAGCAGAUUAUCUGCACUUAAGGAGGUAGAAAUGGCUCUGAAAAUGGCAGAAAUGGCUCUGAAACACCCAAAAGCCUCCAUCCCCACAGAAUUUUCACUACUAAAUGUGCUGCAGCCUGAAUAGGUCUAUUCUCAUAGUAUUUUCUCUAUUUGACUUGACUCAGCUUUAUCUAUGUGAACACUCCUACCCAUAGGGCACUUGUCAAAAACAAUCAGUGGCAAUUGUUUAACACUAGAGUGUUUAGAGGAGUGAUAGUGUGUGUCUGUGUGACAGAUGGAAGUAAUAAGAGGGUACAGGGGAAAGGGGCCAUAGGCAUAAGAUGAUGGAACAGAGCCUGGAGUGUGGGGUACAGAGAGUGUAGGGGAAGGGAGAAGGCAGACAGGUAAAAGGAAAAAGAAUGUUCAGUGUUGUUCAGCCUCAAGACUGACAUGAUGAAAAUACCUUUAUUGUGGUUUUUGUAAAUUAGAACACAUACUUUAUUAUUAAAAAGAAAACACACAAUUGAAAAUGUUGACAUUUUCAUCCUUGCGUCUUCUAAAAAAACAUCACAAGGCAUAACUUGUGGUAAUAAUUCUGUAAAUAUAUGGACAAUUUUAAAAAAUAGUAUUUUUUCAUUGCAAAAUAUUCAUUAGUGUCACAUCAUAGGCAGAUCUCCAACUCCAGAAUAAUUCCCAUGGUUAUAUUAUGUUACAUGGCAAAAAGGACUCUGCACUGUAAUUAUUAAUCAGCUGCCUUUAGCAUUGGGAGAUUAUUCUGGAUUGCCCAAGCACUUAAUAAUAGGAGAAACCGGAGAGAUGCGAUAGUCAGAGGUUUCAAACAUGAAAGGGAUUUGACAAUACUAUUGUUGGCUUUAAAGAUUCCUAUCUUUAAAGGAGUGGGGGCAAGGAAACUGUGUGAAGGAAAUUAAUCUGCCAACAACCUAAAUAAUUCUAGAAAACGAUCCAUUUCCAGAGUCAAGAACAAAGCCAGGUGGUUUUGUUCUUCUAAAGACAAUUCCACGGGCCAGUUCCACCGCAAGCUUCCCAGAGAGCAUUCGUUCUGCCCUAUGGACACCGAACUUCCCCUAAGAUGGCCGCCCCCACAGUGCUCCCGCCUGACGGCGCGGUUACCUGCAACGCACCGCUCGCUUAUUUUUUGUUCUAAUCCCGCUUGAUUCAGUUUUUAUACGGCCUCUAAAACGCUUCGCAUUUAGAAUAGUGAUUGAGGUGCCCAGAGGUGACUUUAAUUUUCCACUGAGUUGAGACGCCACAGCCAUCAUGACCGUUAAGAACUGAUGCCGCGCCUUUGUGGUACUAAUGGGUUCCGGCCUUUGAGAAGUUUGCGCCGUUCACUAGCCCCUGCAAGGAGAAGAUCAACUUAUUCUGUUCCCUGUCUGUUCAGAGGACUUUACCCACACGCCGUAUCUGUCUGUGUGAACUGAAGCCUCUGAUAAUCUCUCCAUUUUCUGCCAGGGCUGACGUGUCUGGAAAUCGGACAGUUUUAAGAGGCCUCUGUCCACAGCGUCUCGCGGCUCCUGUGUCGUCUGUACGUCACGUACUCAAAGAUGGCCGCCCCCAGAGCGGCGAGGCGACUACGGCGCGGACGCUUCUUCUGAGGAAAAGCCGGAAGGCCGCAUUCCGCUCUCCAUGGAAACGCGAGUGACCCUCCCUUGAGGUUUAGUGGGGAGGGAGCUGGGCGAGGGGCCCAGAAGUCGAAGAACUUUAGGGAAGUAAGUUCAGUCUUUAAGAAGUCGCAGCGAUUCCAGGGAGAGUAAGUCUACAGGUCCUGGCUGCCCUGGGAAGAGACAAGAAGUGAAUGAAGAAAGAGGAAGAUUCCAGGACCUAGAUAAUGAUUUUUGUGGGCACUCCUCACUGGUGACUGAGGUUUCUAACUAGAAAUUUAAGGCAGAUCCAGAGGAGACAAAGACAGAGUAUCCCAGGUGCUGGCCAUUUCCCACAACUGAAGAAAAUGAUCAAUGCCCAGGAAUUGCUGACACUGGAGGAUGUUACUGUGGAGUUCACCUGGGAGGAGUGGCAGCUCCUGGACCCUUUUCAGAAGGACUUGUACCGGGAUGUGAUGUUGGAGAUCUACAGCAACCUGGUAUCAAUGGGUUAUCAAGUCAGCAAACCAGAUGCACUCUCCAGGUUGGAACGAGGAGAAGAACCAUGGACAAUGGAAGAUGAAAGGCACAGUCAGAUCUGUCCAGAAAACAACAAAGUUGAUGAUCAUCUGCAGGAUCACUUGGAAAAUCAAAGGAUGCUGAAGAGUGUGGAACAAUACCAUGAACGUAAUGCAUUUGGAAAUACUGCCUCUCAAACCAAAAGCCAUUGUCUUUUCAGGGAAAAUCAUGAUACAUUUGAGUUAUAUAUAAAAGCUUUGAAAUCAAAUUUAAGUUUAGUCAACCAGAGCAAAAGCUGUGAAAUUAAGAACUCUACUAAAUUUAAUGGAGAUGGAAAAUCAUUUCUUCAUGGUAAGUAUGAAGAACUUUAUUCUGCAGCUAAAUUCUCUGUAAGCACAAAAUCCAGUAGCACUAAAUCCCAAGUCAGUAAGCAUCAGAGAACUCAUGAAAUAGAAAAAACCCACAUAUGCAGUGAAUGUGGGAAAGCAUUUGUCAAGAAGUCACAGCUCACUGAUCAUGAGAGAGUUCAUACAGGAGAAAAACCUUAUGGAUGUACUUUUUGUGCAAAAGUGUUCUCCAGAAAGUCCAGGCUAAAUGAACAUCAAAGAAUUCAUAAAAGAGAGAAAUCUUUUAUAUGCAGUGAAUGUGGAAAAGUCUUCACCAUGAAGAGCCGUCUGAUUGAACAUCAGCGAACUCAUACUGGAGAGAAACCCUACAUAUGCAAUGAAUGUGGAAAAGGCUUCCCAGGCAAGCGUAAUCUCAUUGUACAUCAGCGAAAUCAUACUGGAGAGAAAUCCUAUGUAUGUAGUGAAUGUGGAAAAGGCUUCACUGGGAAGAGCAUGCUUAUCAUACAUCAGCGAACUCAUACAGGAGAGAAGCCCUACAUCUGUAGUGAAUGUGGGAAAGGCUUCACCACAAAGCACUAUGUCAUCAUACAUCAACGAAAUCAUACAGGAGAGAAACCAUAUAUAUGCAAUGAAUGUGGGAAAGGCUUCACCAUGAAGAGCCGUAUGAUCGAACAUCAACGAACUCAUACAGGAGAGAAACCCUAUGUAUGCAAUGAAUGUGGAAAAGGCUUUCCCAGGAAGAGUAAUCUCAUCGUACAUCAGAGAAAUCAUACAGUAGAGAAGUCAUAUCUAUGUAGUGAAUGUGGAAAAGGUUUUACUGUGAAAAGCAUGCUCAUCAUACAUCAGCGAACUCAUACUGGAGAGAAGCCCUACAUAUGCAAUGAAUGUGGGAAAGGCUUCCCCUUGAAGAGUCGGCUGAUUGUACAUCAGCGAACUCAUACUGGAGAGAAACCUUACAGGUGCAGUGAAUGUGGGAAAGGUUUCAUUGUGAAUAGUGGACUGAUGUUACAUCAGCGAACUCAUACUGGAGAGAAACCAUACAUAUGCAAUGAAUGUGGAAAAGGUUUUGCCUUUAAGAGCAAUCUUGUUGUACACCAGCGAACUCAUACUGGAGAGAAACCCUUUAUGUGCAGUGAAUGUGGAAAAGGCUUUACCAUGAAACGCUAUCUUAUUGUACAUCAGCAAAUUCAUACAGAAGAGAAAUCUUGUAUAUGUAGUGAAUGUGGAAGAGGCUUUGCCAUGGAAACUGAGCUUGCUUUACAUAAGCAAGUUCAUACUGGAGAAAAACCUUAUGGAUGCAAUGAAUGUGGUAAAGGCUUCACUGUGAAGAGCCGUCUAAUUGUUCAUCAACGAACUCACACAGGAGAGAAACCCUUUGUAUGCAGUGAAUGUAGAAAAGCCUUCUCCUCAAAGAGAAAUCUCAUUGUACAUCAGCGAACUCAUAAUGGAAAUAAACCCUAACAAUGCAAUGGACGUGGUCAUGCCUUUGGGAAUAAAAUAUGUCUUGUACACCAUCAUUGAUUUCACAGUAUAGUUUUUAUGUGUAUUGAGUAUGAAAAAUCGUAUUUCAAAAUCCAGUGUUAUCCACUAGGAUAAAUGCUAUCAAUGUCAGAAAGGCUUCAACAUGAAUUCAGGCUCUGAAAUCUUUGAUGUACCAAUGUAUAGAAAAUAACUCAUCUGAGAGAGAUUCUGUGGAUUGGGGGUAACCUUUCAUUUGUCAACCUUCAUUAAAACUAUGACAACAUCCAUAUG